AUUCUUUAAGCAGUCCGUCAAAGACUGCCGGCUGGCUAAGACGCGCGCAAAAUUCGAGAGAAAAAAAAAAGAGAGCCAAGUAGUGGACGAUAACACGCCUCGUGCCGCAACGGAGCCAGCAUGGGUCACAUGAACAUUCGCAAUUAUGUGACCGACGCCGGCGGAACCCCCGGUAUAUUCAAGCUGUCCGUCCCGUCGCCGAGCGGCGGAAACGAGCCCGAAGGCAGAAUCUCAACGUCGGUGAAGGAGGAGGACGAGAAUGCGAGGGCGCAAUGGGGAAACGGGCUGGAGUUCCUCAUGUCCUGCGUGGCGUUCUCGGUCGGCCUCGGGAACGUCUGGCGGUUCCCGUACACGGCUUACGAGAACGGCGGCGGCGCCUUCCUGGUCCCCUACGUAGUUGUACUUUUCAUCAUCGGCAAACCCUUCUACUACAUGGAGAUGAUCCUCGGGCAGUUCACCAGCAGAUCCUGCGUGCAGAUCUGGUCGGUGUCGCCCGCGUUUCAAGGUAUCGGCUACGGCGUAGCGGUGUCGGUGUUCUCCGUCAUCACCUAUUAUUGCGCCCUUAUGGCCCUGACGCUCUACUACUUGGUCGCCAGCUGCCAGUCGGUGCUCCCGUGGUCCUAUUGUUGGGAGGAAUGGGGCGGCGCGUGUUUCAAUGGCUCGUCGAUCGGCGAGCAAGCGAGAAACGGAAGCAGAAGUUCCGCCGAUCUCUAUUUCAGAGAAUACGUCCUUAAUGAAACGGGGAUCGAGGAUGGACUCGGACUGCCCUCGUGGAAGCUGGUCCUCACGUUGCUAGCCAGCUGGAUAUUCGUCUACGUGGUGAUCUGCAAGGGUGUGAAGAGCACCGGGAAGGCGGCCUAUUUCCUGGCCCUCUUCCCAUACGUCGUCAUGAUCAGCCUUCUGGUGAGGGCGGUAACGCUGGACGGAGCCGUGGACGGCAUCGUCUUUCUCUUCAAGCCCACGUGGCACAAGAUCCUGGAGCCGGCGGUCUGGUACGCCGCCGUCACGCAAUCGUUCUUCUCCCUCGGCGUGUGCUUCGGCGCGGUGACCAUGUAUUCCUCCUACAACAGCUUCGAACACAACGUAUCGAGGGACUGCAUGAUCGUGACGAGUCUGGAUCUUUGCACCAGCUUGAUGGCGGGCGCGACCAUCUUCGGAAUCCUGGGCAAUCUCGCCCACGAGAUCGGCAGCAACGAUAUCGGGAGCGUUGUGCGCGCCGGGACAGGCCUCGCCUUCGUGUCCUAUCCGGAAGCCCUGGCGAAAUUCACGGUGGUACCGCAGCUCUUCGCCGUGCUCUUCUUCCUGAUGCUCUUCGUGCUGGGCAUAGGCACUACCGUUGCCUUCUGCAAUGUCAUCAUCAGCAUCAUCAAGGACCAAUUCCCGCGGCUUGAUCAGUGGAAGAUCGCCGCCGGCGUUGCGAUCCUCGGAUUCUCCAUCGGCGUCGUUUAUUGCACGCCCGGCGGCCAGUACAUUCUCAACUUGGUAGAUUACUUUGGCGGCACCUUCAUUAUCGUGUUUUUAGCUUCCUUCGAAAUGAUCGCCAUUGCCUGGGUGUACGGCGUCGACAAUUUCAUGGACGAUGUUGAGUUCAUGGUAGGACGGCGGCCGUUCUUUUACUGGAGAUUCUGUUGGUGUUAUUUAACUCCCUUGUUUCUGUUCACUAUCUUGAUUUACUUCCUGAUCGAUAUAACACCGCUCAUGUACAAUGACGAAUACUAUCCAACGUCCGCAUACGUUGCGGGUUGGACGCUUUUGGCUUUAGGAAUCCUUCCGUUUCCCUUGGGCAUAAUCAUUGUUGGAUUUCGGAAUAGAGACAAGCCGUGCUCGAGUAUGUUCGAGCCGAGCGCCGAUUGGGGUCCGAAAGACCUAAAGAAAUACAAUGAAUGGAGGGAUUUUAAGCAUUCAAAAAGGAUAUCGCGUGCGUGCGCGAAGAAAUCGAAAAUUAUAGCAGCGCUGUUUGGCAAAGAUUGACAAUGACAAUCAUUUAAAUAGUAUGAGAAUCAAUUAAUAUAUUUGUUCAUUAUUCGGAUUGUUCGUGUGAAGAUAAUCGCAUAGCGAUCGAGUGAAAGGAUUCUUAAUAACAUUGGCAGCUCUUUGUCACGUAUCGUGUUGCACACAGUGCAACAUUACACAUAAGAAUUACGGGAACUAAGCGAGAGCUAAGUUUUAAGCAUACUACUAUAAAUUUUUUAAAUAUAAAUAUACAACUUCAUGCGGAUUGAUAAUUUCUUUGUAUUAUUAAUUUAAUUUAAAAAAUAUAUAAUUAUGGGGU